UGGACUCGUCUUGCCUUCUCCUCCACCUCCUUUCCCCACCUCUCUCUCUCUCUCUCUCUCUCUCUCUCUCCAAACAGCUCACGUACUCUCUCCAAGCAAGAAACAGAGCAAGGCCGUCUCGAUCGGCAGGAUCAAUCCAGGAUCAGAUGAUGGAUUCUGCCGAGCACAAGGUGCGCGCUCCCUCUCGUCACGAUCAAUUCUACCUUCUGCUUAUUUUGCUCGAAAAGGAACCAUCUUUCGCGGUCCUCUUGGUUGAUCUCUCCUUCGUCGGCUGGUUGCUUGCUUGGCUCCGAUCCUUGCAGGUGAUCGGGAUCGCCGCGGCGGCGGCGGCGGAGCCCGGGAGGCCCUGCUGCGUCGAGUGCCGCACCACCGCGACGCCCAUGUGGCGCGGCGGGCCGACGGGGCCCAGGUCGCUUUGCAAUGCGUGCGGGAUCCGGUACAGGAAGAAGAGGAGGCAAGAGCUAGGUCUUGACAACAACAAGAAACCGCAGCAAAACCAGCAGCAGCCGCAGCCGCCGCAACAGCCACAGCAACAUCAAGAUCACAGUCCUGCACCGAGUGCAGUCAGUGACAACAAAAGUAGCGGCCUGCAAGUGGUGAAGAAACGGAGGGUCCUGAUGGGAGUGGAGGAGGCCGCAAUCCUGCUCAUGGCCUUGUCCUCCUCAUCCAGGUCCACACUGCUACAUGGCUAGGAUCUCAACACCACCCAAAGGCUGCUGCUCAAUGUGUACAUACAAAACCUGAUACAGGACACAAAGCACAACACAGGGCCACCCAAUGGUUUCCAAGCCAACCAUGUAACUUUCUCGGAUUAUCAGGAUGGAAGGCCUCUUUCGGGAUGAAGCUGAUGUUGAAAGGGCUGGAUUUGUUUUUUGGAUUCAUCCACCUCUUGUGCAGUAGUAGAUCUCUGAUCUCCUUGUGUAGUAGUGUCUUGUUCGAUUCUGAAAGCGAAGGUGACUUGGGGAAGACAGGUCUGCCCAACAUGCUAAGAUGGUGGUCCUUGUCUAUGUUGUUGAUAGGCUUCUUAAUUGUGAUUAGCAGAGAGGCCCUUUUGCCUCAUUCUCAUGUCUCUCCCUUUUUUUCUUUUUUCUUUUUAAAUCCACAUUGUAUGUGUUUUAUCCUCCUUGAUUAAUUCCUAUGUAUGUUCUUUGUUACCCCUUGAUUGAGGAUGGGUGAUCAAAAGCAGGGAUCGCCCUUCUUCAUGUGUAAUAAAAGGUCAAGUGAAUAAAAAUGGUCUAUUUGUUUCAUUUCA